GGAGAUAGAUAGAUAGAGAGAGAAGAGAAGCGUAUCAGCACGUCCAGCUAUCCACGCGUCUCCUCCAGAAUCGUCACAAACCCUCACUCACGAGAUUCUGGUCUCCGCUCUCCCCCAUAUCGCCUCGAUUCUCAAAAACCACAACCACCUCAAGUCGCUCUCCCCAACUCACUGAGUCUGAGUCUCCUCCCUCUCCUCCGCCUCACCUCAACUCGACUCGACUCGCCAAACUCGCUCGCCGGCUUCGGAUUUCCAUGGGAGCGAGCAUUCGUCGUCGGCAGCUCUAGAGAAAGAAACCUCGAGAGAACUUUGUUGACUUUCGAAUCCAGAUGGCUCGCCGGCUCCGUUGCAUUCUCUUCCUCGCCGCGCUCUCCGCCGCUCUGCUUCCCGCGCUUCUCGCCAGCUCCGGCGACUCCGAUCCGGUUUACCGGUCUUGCGUGGAGCAGUGUCAAAAGUCUGGAUGCGUGGGGGAAAAAUGUUUUCAGCACUGUAAAUUUUCAUCUGAUGGGAAACCUAUUGAUGGCCCUUGGUAUAUUGAAGAACCUCUCUAUCUGCGCUGGAAGCAAUGGGACUGUCAAACUGACUGUAGGUACCACUGCAUGCUUGCGAGGGAGGAGGAAAGAAAGAAACUCGGUGACAAGCCUGUAAAGUAUCAUGGAAAAUGGCCAUUUAACCGUGUCUAUGGCAUUCAGGAACCUGUGUCCGUUGCUCUUUCUGCUCUCAAUCUUGCCAUGCAAUUUCAAGGUUGGAUUUCAUUCUUUAUCCUUGUAUACUACAAGUUGCCUCUGAGGCCAACUAAGAAGACUUACUACGAAUAUACUGGCGUGUGGCAUAUCUGGGGGAUCUUAUCAAUGAAUUCUUGGUUUUGGAGCGCUGUAUUUCAGAGCCGGGAUGUGGAGUUGACAGAGAAGCUAGAUAUAUCUUCUGCUGUCGCAUUACUUGGUUUUUCCCUCAUUCUAGCCAUACUGAGAGCUUUCAAUGUCAGAGAUGAGGCUGCCAGGGUCAUGGUCUGCGCUCCAGUGAUAGCAUUUGUGACAACACACAUACUGUACCUGAACUUCUAUAAACUUGAUUGUGGUCUGAAUAUGAAAGUUUGUAUAGCCAUGGGCGUUCUUCAGCUUCUUACAUGGGCUAUUUGGGCUGGUACUACCCGUCAUCCGUCACGCUGGAAGUUGUGGGUGGUCGUUGCAGGAGGAAGCAUUACCAUGCUCUUGGAGAUAUAUGACUUCCCACCGUACCGGGGAUUUAUAGAUGCUCAUGCUAUUUCUAACGCAAUCACCAUCCCUCUCACAUACCUUUGGUGGAGUUUUGUCAAGGAUGAUGCCGAGUUUAUGACAGCAGCUCUCCUGAAGAAAGCAAAAUAGUACUCCUGAAUAUGACGUGUGCUCAGAUGGUGGAAGUUAUCAAGAUAUACGACAUAUUCUCCCCUGUUGAUUCAUCAUCAAUACUCUUCUUCUUUUUUCCAAGCAUAUUCAUUUAUCCGAAAUGCUUACCACAGUGGUUUCCGUGGUUUUUGCAUUUCAGUGGUAGAUGUCCAAUUCUUUCCACUGAAAGAAUCCAAGUUUCCAGGUCAUUGUGUUGGUGGUUUUUUCCUGGAAAAUUUCUUAGUUUGUAGGCGUGAGGGUCAAAAUAACCGAGUUUCUUUAUUGUAGUGUAAAUCUUUGCGGAUACCAUUUAGCUUAUUGUGUUAUAUCUGUCUAUGUAUUGAAAGUAUAUAUGCUUAUGCAGAUAUUGA